AAUAAUACAACCACGCAUACAAAGAAAAAUUAAUAUUUCUUACGUACAGGAAUUUUGUAUGCAUUUCUCCGGUGAAACCUUAAGAUAUCUUCUAGAUAUGCGUUUAAUUAAGUUUAAAAUUUUGUUUCCGCGAAACCUAAAUCGUAUAAAUUUAAAGACUAGAUCUGCGCUUGUCAUUAAUACGGCCACCAUUAUCUUGGCAGCAUAAUUCUGAAUUAAUUUGUUCAGCGGCAACGACAAAAUUUUCCGAUUUAAUUGCAUCACAGUAGGCAUGCCAUGUUUUAGUGAAAAACGACCUUACCAUAAUUAAUUAUAUACUAAAUUAGUGACCGUUCCGAUUGACAAAAGUAAAUGAUACUAACACUUUGUCAAACAUAAAAAUGCUCCGGUCGAAUCGACGCGUGAACUCAUAAACUGGUCCAGAACAUCCCGCCCUCGUAUUCUAGUUUACAUAACUAGUUCUUAGUAUAUACAGUUUUACAGAAACAACGUUUGUUCAUUGUGCAUCGCUGAUGACCACAUUCCGAGGCGGGGCUCCACAAGCCGGGGACAUGACCAAUAAAUGAGCCGACCCCAAACACCCGCCGAAUUAUGAAACGUAGAAAAUAUGACACAAUGAUAUCUUUGCUGAAGUUCAUAAAAAUACCAAAAAAAAUACAUCAGCACAAACGAAGCCUCUGAUGCAACUAGACGAACAACCAACACACUGCCAAUCUAACAAGUGCCUUACGAACAUCGAACUCUAAACAAACGAACUAUUUAAAAAUAAAAAAAAAGUUAUUAAAACAAUCGCUGGUGCUUCGAAACAAUAAAUAGAUUAAACGAGACAAAAAUAAUGUUAGUCGAGGUGACGAGACAAAGUGUGAGAUCGGACUCAAGCAUUUAAAAUGUUAGACGUUUUUCGUGGUUUAAAAAAUCUUAUAAAGGUGAACUAUGUGCACAUUGAUUCGCCCGUGUUCCGGCUGCACUACUCCAUCACGGUCAUCCUGCUGAUCUCGUUCAGCCUGAUCGUGACGACGCGCCAGUACGUCGGCAACCCCAUCGACUGCAUCCACACCAAGGACAUCCCCGAGGACGUGCUCAACACCUACUGCUGGAUCCACUCCACAUACACGCUCAAGAGCUUCUUCAACAAGAAAGUGGGCGUCGAGGUGCCCUAUCCCGGCAUCGGGAACAGCCGCGAGAAGGGCAAGGAGGACAUGAACGACAGGAAGAUCUACAAGUACUACCAAUGGGUCUGCUUUUGCCUAUUUUUUCAGGCGAUGCUGUUUUACGCGCCGCGGUGGCUUUGGAAGUCGUGGGAGGGGGGCAAGAUACGCGCCCUCAUGAUGGACCUCGACGUUGGCGUCUGCACAGAGAUAGAGAAGAAGACAAAGAAGAAGCUGAUCCUAGACUACCUUUGGGAGAACCUGAGGUACCACAACUGGUGGGCCUACAGGUACUAUCUGUGCGAGUCGCUCGCUCUUAUAAAUGUUAUAGGGCAAAUGUUCCUGAUGAACCGGUUUUUCGACGGCGAGUUCAUGACGUUCGGGCUGAAGGUGAUCGCGUACAUGGAGUCCGACCAGGAGGAUCGCGUCGACCCCAUGAUAUAUGUCUUCCCCAGGUACAUCCACACUUAUACGUGA